AUGGAGUGGCACGAUGUUCUCAUUCUGGAAGAUGAGUACGAUUCCGACGGUGAAUCUCGACGGGAGAGAAGCGAUUACGAAAUCGAAAAAGCUAUUCAAGAGUUUGAAGAUGAGCCUCGAGUUAGACAUGAUGAGUAUCCAGAUACAGAGAGUGAUGAAGAGGAGAAGGAAGAAUAUGAGAAUGGUGAACAUGAGCAUGGUCAACGCAACCCUAAGAGGAGCGAGCCGAAGAGAGGCGCUGGGAACUUGCUUGAAGGGCAAGAGUUCAUCAAUGGUGUAGUCUUCAAAGAGGCUGUCCUAGACCAUGCAUUGAAAACUGCUCGGAAUAUCAAGCAAUGCAGGUAUGAUAAAGAUCAAAUUGCUUUUAAUUGUGGAGGCAAAAACUGCAAAUGGUAUGUCUAUUGUUCUAUCUCGGGAAAAAUCAGCAAGUGGCAAGUGAAGGUGUAUAGAAAUAUACAUAUUUUUGAUGUGAAUGGAGAGUGUGAGAUGUUAAAAGUUCCUGUGAUUGCAAGGUUGUUUCUGCAUAAGAUUCGAGAUGAACCUGAGUACUUCAUGCCAAUGAAGAUUGAAGAAAUGAUCAAGAGCUGUUUUAGGAUCGUCGUGUCAAGGGCUCAGUGCCAAGCUGCUAGAAAUGAAGCUCUGAAAUGGAUAAGGAGAGAAUAUGAGGAGCAGUUUUCAAGACUUCGAGAUUAUGGAGCCGAGAUACUCGAGUCUAAUCCGGGUUCUUCUGUGGAUAUUGACUGCAUAAAGAAUACAGAAGGUUUAGAUGUCUUCAACAGACUCUACGUUUGCUUUGAUAUAAUUAGGAGAAAGUGGAAACACACUUGCAGGCUGAUUAUAGGAGUUGAUGGAACCUUCUUAAAAUCAACGAUAAGUGGGCAGUUGUUGGUAGCUUUAGGUAGAGAUGCAGACAAUGCUAUAUAUCCUAUAGCUUGGGGUAUUGUGCGAGUUGAAAACACAGACAAUUGGUUGUGGUUUAUGAACAAGAUCAAAUUUGAUUUGGGCUUAGAAGAUGGCGACAACUACAUUCUGGCAUCGGACAGGCAAAAGGGAUUGAUAAGCGCCGCGAAAAAGACUCUGCCUAAGAACAUAGAAUGUGUUUUAGACACAUCUAUGGAAACUUAA